CUCCGUGCAAACAAAGAUGACGCCUUCGGGCGAGAACAAAACAAAUAGCAGCGCUUAAAAACCAAAAACACAAAGUAUAGAAACUUCGGCGUUUGUAUCGGUUACUUGAGCAACUCGCCGCUCCGCCCACCACUGAUUAGAUAAAGUUUUGGCGUUCGGGAGAGCCGGAGAACUCCGGACUCUCCCACGGAACUAUAAAACACAUUUUGUGCUUGCUUGUUCAGUGCAAAGGCGAUAGCUAGUUCAAUUGGUAAUUGCAGGAAGGAAUCAUGUUGACCGAAUUCGCUGGCAAUCUAUCGCAUCCGCUGGAGUUUGGUCAUGUUCUGGAGGUCGUGGCCAAGACCAUCGAUGGAGCAGCCAGGUUCCACAUUAACCUCUGCACGGCCAAGAGCACGGUCGAUCCGAACGCGGAUAUUGGGCUACGCUUUUCAUGCUAUUUUCGGAACGAUGUGAUCGUUCGAAAUUCCCGGAUAAACGGCGCCUGGGGCGAGGAGGAGACCCAUGUCCUGGACCCCAACACCCUGCCCAAUCCCAUUGUCAGUGGCGAGUUCUUUUUGGUCUACAUCCUUUGUUGCGAGGACAGCUUUGCCAUCUCGAUAAAUAGCCGAGAGUUCUGCAGAUUCCGCUACCGCAUGCCGUUGGCAGCAAUUCGUGCUCUGGAGAUCCGUGAUCAGAUCCAAGUCAUUAAGCAGGUCGAUCAUCGCACUGUGUUUCCCAAUCCUUGGCCAGCCGUUCACGCCUCGGACUACUUUAAGGCGUUCAGUAACGAUCAGCCAAUUUUGUUUAGUCCGGGUCAUGUGAUCGUCCUAACAGCGCGGUGCUUCGAGAACAAAAAGGGACAGUUUAUAAUCAAGUUCAUGGACUCGGAUACCAAGCGCGAGGAGCUACACUUCAGUGUGCGUUUCGAUGAGAAGGCAGUAGUGCGCAAUUCGAUGAACAAAAAUUUUGAUUUCGGCAACGAGGAGCGUCAUGGAGGCUUUCCCUUCGUCUUUAAUCAGCAAUUUAAGCUGGCGCUUGCGUUUACGGAACGCGAGGUUUUGACUGCCGUUGACGGUUAUAACUUCUUCAGCUACACCUGGCGCACACCCAAUGCCAUGAUGAAUCUAGUGGGUUUCAAGGUGACCAGCAUAAAUGGCCUGGUAGUGCAGAUAACUGGUGUGGAUCACCUGCAGACGGGGGAUCCCACGUGCGCUGGCUUCGAAAAAUAUUCCCGCCAUGAUUACGAAUGUGUUUAGUAACCAUUUUAACCCAACUAAUGAAGUCUGAAAAUACAAAUGCUAUCUUUAACUAUA